AUAUUCUCUGCUCUUUGUCUAGUACAAGUAUACCAGAUUGAUAUCACAGUGAGACAGGGGCGUGAUAAACUGCGGGAGAUGUUCAUGAAGAAUGCCCAUGUCACAGACCCCAGACUGAUUGACAUGCUGGUUAUAAAGGGGAAAUUGGAAUUGGAAGAAACCAUUAAUGUGUGGAAGCAGCGGACACACGUCAUGAGGUUUUUCCAUGAGACAGAAACCCCACGACCCAAGGACUUUCUGUCCAAGUUUUAUGUGGGCCAUGACCCUUGAGACAAACGGACUGAAACUAAUUCUGUAUUUCACUCUGACUGCAAAUAAAGCUCUGAUAGUAGAGAACAGCUUUUGAAAUUAUUCAUAAGGAAAGUAUCCAUCUUACCAAUAAAAUGGGCUGUGUGCAGCAAGGA